UCUUCUGGAGCGCGCAUGCCUCGUAUUUUCUGUGUAUGUGUUGACGGUACAACGUAUACUGCUCACACAGCGAACACGGCUAUCGAGAAAAGGCGGAUGUGGAAGCGAAAUUUACCCAAACGAUUCUUUUACGAUCACUUGGUGUGUUUGCCAGUAGUCUCUCUCUCUUUCACUCGACAGCUUUUCCUCCCACAUCGUGCAUGGAACUUCUUUCCACUUGUUUUGGCAUAAACACGUCCAUUUUUCUUGUUUGUUCUUAUUAGUUGAUUCGUGUGUGUGUGUGUUUAUCUUCUUAAAGCGCAUUGUACAAAAAGGUCACUGUGAUAGUGUCAGUUGGAAAAUAGAUUUGUCGUGUGUUCCCGUGUAUAAUCAUGGCGGAUAAGGGAAAGAAACCGUUUGUCUCUCCCGUGGGAGCCAAGAACGUGGCUGCCGCCAAGGCAGCAUGGGGCGGGGCUGCUCCGCCCGCUACUGCCGCUAAGGCGGAACCGGCGAAACCCGAGCCGGCGUCUAAAACUGCGGCUGCCAAUGGGGAGAAGAAGGAGAAUGCCCCCGCUGCUGAUCCCAAAGCCAAAACUGCCGCAGCAGCGCCUGCUACAGCGGGAAAAGGCGCACCGGCAGCAAAAGAGCCGGUAAAGGAAGAACCGCCUGCAGCCGCCGCCGCUCCCCCUAAACCGUUGCACACGACAACAAACACGCGUAAACAACGAGAUUCAGAUGAAUCAUCGGAAGCAUCAUCUGACGAGUCCGACUAUUCUGAUUCCGAAUCCGAAUCGGAGCGGGUCAAAGCCAAAAAGAUAGAUGUUGGCGUCAGCCUUUCCGCCAUUAAAGCUGCCUUUCAGCAAGAUAAUCAAGCCAGACAGCAGAUCAAAAAAGGUUAUGAUGCAGAAGAGUUUAAGCGUGAGGUCAAAGAAGCCACGGCUGCUACGCAAGAAUGCGUUGCGGCUGAAAAUGAGCCGGAAGCGACAGCUUCGGACGUUAUCAGAGGCGCCGUUCAGAGUGACCUCGGUCUGGAUAUCGUAAAGCAAGCCAACAUUAAGGGAACAAAAAACCGUUUCGAACAGGGACUAGUAAACAACGAUAACCAGCACGAAGAGAAGGAUGAACUGAAGGAGCUCAAAAACCGCAGUGCAGUAUCGGGAGUCAACGCCAAAUGGGAAAAACCGGAAGAAUUAUUAUCCAACGCAGAACAGAAACAAAACGACCAGGACAUUGAGGUUGCCGCGUGUAAAGCCCGUAAAAUGAAGGAGAAAUUCGAAAGGAAAGCCAAGAAGGAGGAGAAGAAGAGCAAAACUCCCAAGCCAAAAUCGCGAACGAGUGUUCAGGCCGAUCAUCAUGAAUGAAAUGCAUUGGCUAAAAAUGGAUUCCAUAACGACGUCUGGCAGAAUUGAAUUAUCAGGAUUGUUCAUGUUAUGCUCUUGAUUACGACAUUUUACCGGAACUAUUUCUGCGUUGCUUAACGAAAUAUAUGCUGUGUAAUCUGUGCUUAUUUUCUAUUAACAUAAGCUUUUUCCGCGGUACAUUGCUCCGUUAUGUAAGGCGCGACAUGUCCCGGUGUUAUUUUGGAUAUGUCUGACUUGUUAAUGGAUCGCGUUGCCGGUCACGUUCUGUGUCUUGUACGAUUUAUUGGAUUACUCUUUCUCACAUCUGAAAAAUGUUGCAGUAAAAGCGGUACCAGAAAUUAUUGAUUUAGCAUCG